AUGGACAUCUCCGCUCUGCCCAACAACAACCACCCGCAGAGGUUCCUGCAGCUGGACGUGGGGAUGCUGCCGGCCACACACGGGAUGUUCCAGGUCGGGGCGGUGUUGUCUAGCCAGAAACACUGGCACAACAGAGUGUACUCACAGCAGAGGGAGUCCAGGCCGAGCCGUCCCGCCUCCCCAGAAGCCUCUCCUGUGGUGUUUGAUGCCAGAUACCUGGAGAAGCACAUCACACCUUUCACCUUGAAGUCCAACAUCAAAAGGAACCCUCUGUACACGGACAUCAGAUCCGUGGAGGUGUACGAGAACAAAAAGACCAAGCCUUCCUGGACUGUAAAGGAGUUUGACACACAGACGACCCACGGGAACCUGGCGGAUUAUUUAAAGGAGGAAGAGAAGACCGCUACAGACCUGGACUUCUGGCUGGAGGAUCUCUACACACCAGGGUUUGACUCGUUACUGAAGAAGAAGGAGGCCGAACACAAACGAAAGAGACUCUGCAAAAUCCUGUCUCUACUCUUCCUGUGUGUUGGUGCAGUGCUCAUCGUUAUCAUCGUGCCAGUCCUGGUUCUGCAGAAGAAGACCUGAUUAAAGAGGACACCGG